AUGAACGGAACAUUGAAAGUUUUCGCGAUCGCGCUCGUGUUGCUGGUCGGUGAAAGUGUUUCUGCGCCGCAGGGAGACAUCCAUUCGGAGUAUCCGAACGGUGCGUUCGACGACCGGGUGCCCAACAAUGACAAUAACCAGAAGUUUAAGGAGUACGCCGAAUAUCUGACGCGCUUCGACGAGUGGGUCACGGGCAAAAAGGUACCGAUCCCUGCUGAUCCAACUACCGAUGCCCUUCAUCAGGACCUGCCGCCCAAUGCACCGAGCUUCGGGUCGACCAGAAUCGCCCGCAAUCCGAUCGGUUUCGAUGGCCACGCCACGGCCGAUGAGCAUCCCGUGUUCAAACGCGAGGACAAGCCGUCCGCGGAUGCGCUGAUCAGCCAGGACAAGGACUUUGGGGGCCAUAUCGAAGACAAGGUGCCGGAAACGUCGACCAGUUCGGAUCCGGCGUAUGGCGAUUUCAUUAAGGAGCUGAAACGCUUCGACGCAUGGAUUGUCGGGCAUGAAGUAACGAUUCCGCAGAACACUACGGCCGACCAGGUCUGGAAUAGCAACGAAGCCAAGGAUCACUGAGGAACCCGGUCACCGUUAGCUCAGUGAUCGGUUGCGAUCUUUGAUGAGUAAUUCGUGUAUAUAUAUAAAAUAAUUUGCUCCAUCCCGAACUACUGGCUGUCUCGGAGGGUUUCAUGAUAGCUAUCU